AUGAACAAGAGGAGAGACAACCGCGUUCAUUUCAUUCGAUCGAGUCAUGAUGGAGGCGAAGCGGGAUCAGGAGGAAGCGGUAGUACAACAGCAUCAACAUCAUCACCGACCACCACUGAGGUCAUUCCAUCCAUCGCAAGUAUUCGAAGACAAUACGAAGAACGGGUCAUGCUUCUUGCCGAUGGCUUGACUAAGAUUUUAAAAGAUUUACAAAAUGAUAAAGUCAUAUUACAAAUGGAUAAAGAUAUAACAACGGCACCACAUGUGAAGGAACGAAUACUCGAAAUAAUUAAAGAGGCUCUCAGAUCGGAGCAAGAAACUGUUAUUCAGAGAUUGAUUGAGGAAAUGUCAAAAGUAGAAAAUGAGCUCAAAUUAACAAGUGAAGAGUUUUCAAGGUGUCAAAACGCGCUCAAGCAAGAGUCGACCACUAGGGCAGAAAACGAGAAGAAAAUUAAUCAACUGAAACUAAAACUAAAAGAUCUUGUGUCACUGCAAGCCAAAACCGAAGGAUCUAAGGUUAACGAUCUGUAUGAAAAAGUUUUGAAUUUGGAAAAGGAACUUUCUUUGAAGGAAAAUGAGUUAAAAAAGAAGAAAAAGUCCCUCUCAACAGAAAAAGAGGAAAAUCGACAAUUAUUCGAACAAAUACAACAAAAAGAGUUGGAGAUGAAUGAGCUGCGAAGAAAAAUAGAAGAAUUGGAAAUAGAAAAAGAAGAACGAGAUGAAAUCAUUGAAAAACUCGAGCAAAAAACCGAAAAAUACAAGGAAUCUUACAACGAAGAAAGCAAAGCAAGCAAAAUAACAAGUAAAAUGCUUAAAAAACGAUUAUUAGAAGUUGAAGAGCAAUUGAAAGAGAAAAUUGAGCAGUCAAAGGAGGCCAACAACAUUGUUAUGCGUGUACAAGCUAAAAUUAUCAAAUAUAAGGAGAGAUUUGAAGAGACAGAACGAAAGAGAGAAAAAUUGGAGCAAGAUCUGAAACGACUCAAAACAGAUUCUGAUGAAUGCUUGGAAAGAGAGCGAAAAGCUCAUAACGAGUUGCAAGCAGAGUUUUCGAAACGACUCAAUGAACGAUUAGUAGAAAGCGAAAAGAGAAUCAGAGACACUUAUGAAAGCAAAAUAUUGUCGCUAGAACGGGAGCUACAUCAAAAGGAGGCUUUGGUACAAAAAUCACAAUUCGAUCAAAUUUAUCAACAACAAAUGAUUAAUGGAAUGAAAACUCUUCAACCUGAUCAAGUCGACAAAAUGUUGGAAUUGUACGAAAGCAAGCUCAAAGUGUUCCAGAAAGACUACCUUCCACGUUCAGAUUACGACAAAAAGGUACAAGAGCUUGAAACACGAUUUGCUAAUGACAAGAAAGACAUGGAAAAGAAGUUCGAAUACGAGUUGGACUAUAAACUCAAGGAACUGGAACAACGAAAGCAAAAAGAAUUUAACAAUACACUUUCAAGUUUCAAGCAAGGAGCAAAACUUAUGGAAGACGAACUCAUUGAGGAACGUAAAACAACUAAAAAGCUAAAGAAAGAAAUUCUCGCAAAGGAAGAGGAGAUUCGAAGCGCAAGGGAAGAAAUCAAGUCCCUUGAAAAGAAGAAUAUGCAGUUGAGUAGUUAUCUGGAUGAGUCCAACAGAAACAUUGACUCUUUGAGAGAUUACAUUGAUAAGCAAACGCACGAACGAAAAGAACUGGAGCACUACUAUUCAAGAAUGGCAGAAGAAGUCAAAAUGAUAAAUGGACAAUUAGAAGAAAUGAAGAGACAUGCUGAAAACUUGGACACGAUUGCUCAACAAAAGAAGCAAGAAAAUGCAAAACUCAAAGAGGCUCUCAUGUCAGAGACAAACAAAGUGGAAGAAUUGGCAAGUGAAAAACAACAACUUGCGCAAGAGAUGGAUGUUUUAAAGAAGGAGCACAAAAUUAUGUCAGACACAAUUAAUUAUAGUUUGGACAACAUUCUGUUGUCACUACCAUCCUCUGAUUUCAGAAAAUUCAAGAUGGCAUCCUCUAAGAUUGAUAACAUUGAAGACCUGUCAAAAGAGCUCGGUAAAAGUAUUGAAGAAUUUAAAUUACAUCUUUCGAGAACAACUCAAGAGCUGAAAGAUAAGCACUCCAGAGAGAUUAAAUCUCUUGAAGAAAGUAUCAAGAAAAAGAAACAAAAAGAAAAUCUCGUCGAGUUCAAGCUUCGAACAGAAGUGAGCAAUUUGAGAAGAGAACUUGAUAACCUCAAACAACAAACAAUUCUUUCUCUGUCUGCAUGGAAACAACAAUUUCAAACCUUUACAGAUAAUGUUCUCCAAAAGAGUUAUGAGGUUUCCUCUCUAAAGGACAAUGAACUGAUGAAGAAGAAGCAACAAUAUGAAAAGGAAGCUGCUGAAUUGAGGUACAGAUACGAAAGAGAUAACCAAGAGCUGUCAAAUGCAUUGAUACUUAAGGAAAAUGAGCUCAAUCAAAAGAUUUACAGUCUGCAAGCUGAGCUGCGAGAUGUCAUGCAAGACAAGUCUGCAGAAAUCGUUGAGAAGAACAAUUAUUUGAAGAAAGUGGAGGAUUUGAAGAGAUUUGUUAAACUAAUGGCUGAACAUGUGAAUAUUCCUUCAGAUAUUACUUCAGGUAUUCUUUCACAACAUACUGACAUUGUGGAAAGAUCAAUGAACCACCUCUCUACUCUCAUGCUCAAUUUCACAAAGGAAAGAGAGCAGCAAAGACUUCAACUUGAAAGAAUGGGAGAAGACAUCAAUAACCUCAGAUCUCAAAUGGCAAUCAGUGAGGACUCUUACAAGAAACUGGAAAAAACAAAAUCUAGGCUUCAACUUGAAAAUGAAAAGUUGAAAAAUUUAUGUGAAGAGCGGUAUGCAGAAAUUGUGGAGAAUUUGACCCAUAUCCGAGAUGAGGUUCAACUGUUAGAAAAUAGAUACGAAAAGGAUGUAAAAGAUUCAACAAUACGAGCUAGGGAAUCUUUUGAAAACCAAAUUAAGGCCAUGACAGAAACAUUGAAUCACAGUGUCGAGAGUGUAAAUAUGCUAUUUUCUGAUAAGGAAAAGUAUGAAGUCAACGUGACAGAAAUAAGGAGGCAGUUAGAAGAAGCAAGAAGAGAAAACGAAAAGAAAUCGUCACAAAUUCUCGAAUUACAAAAACAAAGAGACCAAGAACGACAAGAAAAUUUAUCUCUCAAAAAAGAAGUUUCGAAUCGUGACAAGACCAUUUCCCAACUUGAACGUGAAAAGGAAUAUUUGAAUCUUAAAACUUCAAAAUUAGAAAAGAAGUCGAACAAGCUCAAAGAAAUGAUGAGCACCGUUGCUGCUUCUGCUGCAAAUUUAGAUGUAAAUAUUCAACAAUAG